UGGACCAUUAAUUUUUCGUACUAAAACCAAAGACCAAUAAUUUAGUCCAACACAUUAGGCGGGGCCCACCCAAUUUCUAGAAUCUCCGAGGUGUUUCUUCUACCUCAAUCCACUUGUCACCAUUUAAAACAGCCACCAGUCUCAGCUCACUUCACAAAUUCCUUGGAAAAAGUUGCUCACUUUCUUCUCCAUUUUUGUUUUGAUCUCUUGAUUCUCAGAAACUCCAUCCCAAACCAAACCCAGUUGAACAAAGAUGUCAAUCGUCCCAAUCAACGAGCAACGAGGCAGUGACUUCGACCCUUCCUUGGCUCUUGACCUGUGGGACCCAUUCACAGAUUUCCCUUUCCCAUUCCCUUCCUCACUCUCCAACGUUUUCCGGGAAUUCAAUCUGGGUUCUUCGGUAAACUCAAGACUAGAUUGGAGAGAGACCCGACAUGCCCACAUCCUAAAGGCGGCUCUUCCUGCGUUCAUGAACGAGGACGUGCUUGUGGAGCUUCAAGACGAGCGUGUGCUUCAGAUCAGUACAGACAGCGGUAGCUUCAUGACAAAGUUUAAGCUUCCGGACAACGCCAAGAUUGAGCAGCUUAAGGCCUUCAUGAGCAAUGGGGUUCUCACUGUCACUGUUCCUAAGGAGGAGCCCAGCAGACCCAAUAUCAGAGCCAUUGAAAUUUCUGGCGAAGAUUAAGGUGGUGAGGUCUUCUUUUGGCUAAUUUAAGAUAUGGGUAGCUGCGUUUUGUGUCAGAAUGUGAAUAAAGUUUGUGUCUUUAUGUGAUUGAAAUGUAUAAAAAAUAGGUGUGAGUUUGUAAUGCUUUUAGUUGAACUUAAUGUGCUAUGUUGUAUGAUGUUAGAUGUUGCGUUCAUCUACUCUAUAUUGUACAAAAUAUUAGAAAUGAUGAUCAUUGCAAUAACUGAUACUGCCAAUGGAGUAUGAAAUUGUAUGCUGUGUUCAUCUACUUUGUAUGGUACAAUAUAUAAUGGAUGAUGAAAUUUGCAAUAA